CCCCAAACCGGUUGUUCGAGGUUCCUUCCUCCGCUGUGCAAAUAAACUUAUCCUCUGUUCUGUUACCUUGUGGAAGGCAUCUAUUGCUCAUACAACAGACCAGAUCCUAAGAAAUCUAUUCGUUCUCCCACAGCAUCAAUGGAUUGCCUUCCCAUCCCGUUUGUUUGUUUCCAGUGCGGUACCGACCAAAAUCCGUGUCACUGUAAGGUCGUUGGGCCGACUCUCGGAUUUGGUGUCGCCAUUGUCAUGGCUGUCGUCUGCUGGCCUGCAUCCAUCUUCUGCGGCUGCUGUGCGACAGACACAGGCAAAAAGAUGCUUGCUGCUCCUGCAGACUCCAGUGGGGCGGUCAGUAAUGCAAUUCCUUUCUGAUUAGACGCGUUGCCGAAAAAAACGACGAUGGAUGCCCCAGAGUAGUCCUUCAUUAAAUCAUGACGAUUGAAGAAUUGGGUCUUAAGAUAUCAAUGGCGUUUCAGGAAUACUGUUCACCGAGGGCUAUAAUUUGCUGUUAAUUUUGAGGAGCCCAAGCAAGGUAUCGGUUUCUCAAACCGCCGCUCACUCCUUCAGCACUAAAGGCUUGGGACUGGGAUGGAGAUUAUUAUUAUAAAUACUUAUCACUAUUGAUGAUUUAGGUGGAAUUCUCGCUUUCGCACAGCCGGACAGGGGUUAAGCAAGCCGCAAGCCCAACAAAGAUAACCACUCUGUACAGUGAAUUAUGAACGUAGGAUACCGUUGC